AUGGAGAGCACAGUAGACCCAACCAUCAAGAAUUCGCGACCCGCAACCCAUAAUCUCACAGAUAUCGAAAAGCAAGCUUCGACCCACUUGUCCACCCCCUCGUCCCCCUCGUCCCCAUCUCCCCAACCCACUUCCCCACCCCUACUCUCCCACCUCCGCCAGUGGAAUGCACACAUCGAAUCCCUCUCCGGCUUUGAAGCCCGCGGUAUCACGCGCGUGCUUCCCUCCGAGCGCCAAACUCCCUCCCGCGCCGCGUACUUGCAGAUGGUGAUCCUGUGGUUCGGCGUAAACAUCACGAUUAACAAUCUCGUCGUCGGUCUGUAUGGCCCGCUGCUGUUUCAGCUCGGGUUUUUGGACGCGAGUCUGUGCGCUGUGGGUGGGGUUGCGCUGGGGGCGGCGUGCACGGCGUAUAUGAGUACGUGGGGGGCGGUGAGUGGGUGUCGAACGUUGGUGAGUAGGCUGUUCGAGGCAAACAUCGGGAUACUUGAGCUGACAAUCGGAUUGAAGGUUGUCGUGAGGUUCUUCAUGGGUUACUGGCCUUCGAGGAUAUGCGUCCUGCUGAACGUCAUCUUGAUGGAAGGAUACUGCACCGUCACCGCAAUCAUCGGCGGACAGAUCCUUGCCGCGGUGAGUGGUGGGACAAUGACGAUAGCGGUCGGUAUAGUCGUGGUGUCGAUAGCCGUGAUGAUCGUUGCGGUUGUGGGGCUGAAAGUCUUCCACGUCUACGAGCGCUACGCGUGGCUCCCACAAAUACUCGCCCUGUCUAUCCUUAUCGGCUCAGCCGGACCGUCCUUCAGCACUUCCUUGGCCUCAGCCGGAAGCCCCGCCCAGAUCGCAGCAAACCGCCUCUCCUUUUUCUCCCUCUGCUUCUACGUCCCUACGUCAUGGGGUGCCGCCUCCUCAGACUACUACGUUUACUACCCCGAGAAAACCUCAAAAUGGAAGACCUUCUUCCUAACCUGGACCGGUCUCACCUUCUCCUUCUGCUUUGUCGACAUGCUCGGUAUCGGCAUCGCCUCAGGCAUCGCCACCCAUCCAGAGUGGGAAGACGCAUACAACAUCUCCAUCGGUGCCCUUCUCACAGUGACAUACGCGCCUCUGGGCCACUUCGGAAACUUCUGCGCCGUGGUGCUGGCGCUGGGUCUGAUUGCGAACAGCAUACCCGGGACGUACUCUGCGGCGCUGAACUGCCAGAUGAUGGGGCGGGCUUGGAAGGUGGUUCCGCGCUGGAUAUGGACGGUUGCACUGGUGGUUGUGCAGCUUGCGUGCGCGCUGGCCGGGCGCAACAAGGUCUUCGUCGUGUUCCAGAAUCUUCUGGCGCUGAUGGGUUACUGGUUGACUAUUAUGAUAUGCAUUGUCGCGGAGGAACAUGUGCUGUUUCAGAAGGCACGGGCGUUGGCGAUUGAUUGGGCGGCGUGGGAAGAGCAACGGAAGCUGCCCGUGGGAGUGGCGGCUUUGGUGGCUUUUCUACUUGGGUGGAUGGGUGCGAUUCUAGGGAUGUAUCAGGUGUGGUAUGUUGGCCCUCUCGCGAAGUUAGUAGCGGAUACGGGAGCCGAUGUUGGAGUGUGGGUUGGCUGUGGGUUUGCGCUUGUUGCUUUUCCGCCCUUGAGGCUUUUAGAAUUGAGGCUCGUUGGCAGAUAG